UCCAAACCAAUCAAUUAUUCAGUUUCACUUUUUUUCUUUAUAUCAGGGAACAAAGUGUUAGAUCAUUCAGUUUACUUUGUGUAGUCGGACAGGCUUCAUUUAGGUUUUUCAACAACUCAAGUCUGAAUUUUACCUCUGAAAUUAACACAUUAGAAAUGUGGAUUCUCGUCCAUCAUAGUAAGUUCAUUUUUUAUCCUGAACUAGUUUUGAUUAGGUAGAUUCUUUUCCCUUAAUACGUUAGAUAUUUUGAAAACUAGGCUCUCAUUUUGGUUAUUCUCUAGAAAUCUUUGUGUCUUUGAUGUGAAAGUUUAUUUGAUGACCUGAAUAAAAUAAAUCUCAACUUUUUCCAUCGCUAUAUAAUAUUUGAAAAUAUGGGAAAGAAAAGGGAUGUUUUGACACCCACACGUCCUUCCAAACAGUCCGUCAUUCACAAAGCUCUGUUGUUGACCCUGACAGUGUUCUCCUUGUUUCAAACCUAUUUACUCCACUUCUAAACAUUUUCAGUGGGUUGUGCUGGUGAUAAUAUUGAAAGGAAAAGCGCUAGAAUGAUGAAACAUGCUACCCUGUCAGUGGGAUGUCAUUCUUAAAAUAUGCCCAUUAUAGCUGCUUCUAAAUCAGGCAAUGUUUCCCAGAUGCUUGUUGCGCAAUGACUCGCGCUGCAGUCGCACGGACACAUUUUGACAGGUUUAUUUCUCUCCAGUAGCUUGAGUGUGACGUCUCAUCUGUUGGCCGCUUCUCAGAUAUGUGCUGUGUGUGCUGGUGAGGUUCAGAGAUCAGAUAUCCGUGCAUCUGAGGAGCGGGGAACGGCGCACCAAAAACAUGAAAGACAGGAGAGAGAGUUUUCCCGUGUGGAAAACUUUGCUGGUGGGGAUGUCUGUGCUGCUGCUUCUGGGCUGUGCAGGUUUGGGUCUGCUGUGGGUUCAGCACAAGGAGCUGGCAGAGGAGCUGGUCAGGCUGGAGUCCCAGAUGCAGGAGUUGGCACAGUGCUGCAGGCGGCAAGCAGGACUGCUGCCAGAUGAACUCGGAGAGACUGGAGAGUUGAGGAAACUCCGGCGCAGCAGACGGAACCAGGAGGGAGAGCAGGACAAGAUGAUGCUGGUCACAUACUCUGUGGUUCCUAUCAAAGCCUACCUAGAUCUGUGCAACAGCUCCAGAGGAUUUUGUUUAAUAGGUCCACCUGGACCCCCAGGUGUGGCAGGCCCACCAGGACCGACGGGUGCGCUGGGCCCACGUGGCAGACGAGGACGACCAGGUCCUCCUGGUCCUCCCUGUCCUGCUUGUUGUCCAGCUGAAGCACAAAGUAGGAAUCACAGAAAUAAAUCAAAGGAUCGAGUUACAUCACAUGUAGGCAAUGAAACCAGAGAUGUUCUGAAUGUCACUGGACCUGCGAAGCUUCAGGACACAAAACAUGUUUUUCUAGAAUCUGUAUCUUUUCAUCAAGAGGUUAAUGUUUCACUGAAUGAUGCCAGAACCGAGAAUGCCACACAGACACCAAUUACACCUGUGUUUCUAGCUGUUGACUCCCGUGGAAACAUCGAUCAUUCAACUGGCGGCUCAGAUGUCACUGAUAGUACAGCACCAAGUGAGUUGGUAUCGCCUCGUCCAGACUAUUUACCUGCACACUGGAUGAACACCAGCUCAGAAAUCAGAAGAGAAACGUCAAAACAUUUGACAACAGUGUCACCAACACUGAAUGUUGACCAUGACGACAAAGCCUUGAACACUACUGACUUUGAGAAACUUCGUCAUAGAAACUUUAAACCUGAAAUACCAAAACCUCAUCCAGCUGAAAAUAUCCUGAAUGGCUCAGAGUUUAAGGAACAUCUAGACACAAAACGUGAGCCUGAGUCAGAGCUGAUUUAUAAAACUGAUUGGGGCUCUAAAAAUAUUACAGAGGGUGUUAAAUUCAUUAGCGAUGAAGUUGGUGAAGACCAAAACAAGAACAUCUUUAAUGCCAGCAGGGUGCAAACGAGCUCCGAAAGUGAACAACCAACACUACACUCAGAUAAUAUCGCCAAAGAAACAUCUAAUUUUUCUGAAUAUAACAAUCAACAAAAAACAAGCACACAUCCUGAAUUGUUUGAUGAUGGAGACCACACCAGGACUUUUAAUGAUUCAGAGGGUAAAAAUGUUACAGAUGGAUGGAUCAAAUUAUUACAAGGAGCACUUGGUAAAAUCCUAAACAGUGAUGCCUUCAGUGACAGCAAGGUCAACAACGAAACAAGAUUUAAAGAUUCACCAAUGCAAAAUUCAGCUAAUAUCACCAGAGAUGAUAAUGAUGUUUCUGAAUUUUACAAUCAAGUGAAUACGCAAGUUGAACCUGGACCAGAACCAUUUCAUGAAGGUAUUGGCAAUGGGACUUUGAAUGAUUCAGAAGCAACAAAUGCUACAGAAGGAUGGGGCAACAUGUUAAGUGAUCCACUUGGUACAGACCAGAAGAAAGACACUUUGAGUGACAGAAGAGACACUAAAACAAGCCUUAAAACUGUACAACCAACACGAGGUUCAUCUAAUGUCACCACAGAUGCUUUUAUGGUUUCCGGCUCUUAUGAACAUCCAGAUGAAAAGAUACAACCUGAGCCAGAGCCGUCUGAUGAAGGUGAAAUGGUGACUGUAGAGAAUUCAGAGAGACCAAUAAAAUUAUUGCACGGUCCAGUUGAUACCUUCAAUGACAGCAGAGGACGGAUCAUCACUGACAAAAGUGAAACAUCAACACAACAUUCAGUUAACAACGCCGAAAGCACCUUAGAUAUUUCUGAGUUUGACAAUCCUCCAAAUAAAAAAUUGGAAUCGGAUCCAUUACCUUUUCAAGAUGACAACAAUGGGACUCUGAAUGAUUUGGAUGGAGGAAAUGUAACAUAUGUGCCAUUAAAACUUUUUCCAGGACCAAGUGAAACCAACCAAAGCAGCAAAACCUUCACUUCCGACCCAGUCACGAAUGAAACUAGAGUAAAAAAUGCUUCACCUUCUGCUGAUGACAGUCAGAGAAGAAACUCUUUGAACGGCAGCAGAAACAAUGCAGACAGACCACUGAAAAGUGAAUCUUCCCAACGUGUCCCAACCUACAAGAAGAGCAAUGGAACUGACAAUGAGAAAAGGAUAAAAACAAGUUGCAACAUUAAAGCCAUCAAAUGUUCAGAUAAGUCUACUAACAUGCAACUCACCUUCGGAGCCUGGAUGUCGGAUGCAUCCCGGUCUGAUGAUCAGAUCUGGGUGGCAGAACAUUUUUCAGGUCGAGAAUUGAAGCAGUUGAAGAACAUUUCGGAUACCAAACCGAAAUCUAUAGAUGUUCAGAAGUACUACCACGGCUGUGGUCAUGUUGUUUAUAAGAAUUCAUUUUACUUCCACAGUGGAGGAACAAAUAAUCUUUUGAAGUUUACCUUCAACACAAAGAAUACAAGCUCCCUGAAAAUGCCAAACAGCAGAUAUAGAGGCCUGAGAUAUCUUUUCCACAACUCCAAGACUUAUUUCAAGUUUGCCGUGGAUGAAAAUGAACUGUGGGUCAUCUUUGCCUCGUCUACAGACAGUAACACGAUGGUGGCAAAACUUGACCCAGAUGCUUUCUCUGUGCUGUCCAUAAUUAACACUGGCUAUCCUUCAGCAAAAGCAGGAAAUGCCUUCAUUGUGUGCGGGGUGGUGUAUUUUACCGAUAACAGUGACAAGCGUGUGACAUAUGCCUUUGAUUUGAUGACACAGAGUCAUCUGGAUGCAAGUUUUGAUUUAAGGGCAGGAGACGGUACCUUAGCUAUGCUGUCCUAUUAUCCCAACAAAAGACUGUUGUACUUGUGGGACAACAAAAGUGCGAGAACAUGUAAGAUUAAAUUCAAGAACACCUAAAAAAAAGUCUUACAAAUUCCCUAUUUUUGUAAAAAUGCUUUAAAAACAAAAUCUUAAUUUUUUUUCUCUUUUGCAAUAUGUGACUGUUGAAAUAUUGAGCUUUUUGCUGACAUUAGCUCACUGAUAGCGACAUCCCAUUCUCCCUGGAUUACAAAGCACGACCAGAUGCUCACAAAAAUGUCACAAGGUUUGUUGAAACUGAAAGAGUUCUUUAGCAUAAACAAGAUCAAAUUAUAAUUUGAGAAGUAUUUAAAACAAAAAUAUAAUAAAAGCACGAAUGAAUCAGAACAAAGAUGGAGAUAGAGUUAUAGAAGAAUAGAUACAUGUUUGUAACCAUCACAUUUCUCUCCCAAAAAAGUUACUCAAGAAAAUGUAACUGAGUAAAUACAAUUUAGUGUUUUUCUCUGAAUUCAGACCAAAAUGUUUAAACUUCAGUUUUCAGCAGUGAGAUUAUUUUUGUGCCACUUCUACAAGGACCUGAUUUCUGGAGUACAUAAACAUAAAAUAAAAAAUAAAACUGUG